AACCUCUAGAGGGCAGCAUUAGUUAAACGCAGUCAUGAGGCUAAAGUCAUAAGAAGAAGGAAGGACCUGACUUGGGAUUGCUGGCAAGAGGAAUAUAAAGAAAAAGAAGAGGGUGGUGGAGCUAUCCGUGUUUACAAAAUUAUGGAGCCAAAAUGGUUAAAUGCCAUUUGGAAUGGCAUUCUAGUUAGUGGACUUACGUUGUGUGCAGUGUUCGGCACGCGGCCCACAUUAGCCGUGGACAUAAAGACGGCCGCCGAGGUGAUCGUGGAGAACGGCACCACGGGCGUCCUGACGUGUACCUUCAAGUCCAAUGAGGUGGUCAGCAGUGGAGCCACGGUGCAUUGGCACAUCCGGCAGCUGGGCUCUGACCAGACGUCGACAAUUACGUUCUUCAGCAACGGAAUAAAUUACCCGGUGGCUGCCUUCAAGGACAGGCUGCAGUUCAUUGGCGACCUCAACAAGAAGGACGCCUCCAUACAGCUGCUAAACGCCAAGUUCAGUGACAACGGAACCUACUUCUGCGACGUCAAGAACCCCCCCGAUGUGGCGGGCACGCCAGGCCGCACCGAGCUCAGGGUCGUCCCCAGAGAAUCCCUCCCGCCAGACAGCACCGCGGUCAUCGUUGGGGCGGUUUGCGGCGCUGUCAUCGGGAUCGUCCUAAUCGCCGUGGUUACCUACCUCAUCAUAAGGAGGCAUCAAUCGCGACAUGAUUACGAAGGAUGCACGUCUGUGGAGAGCACGACUUCUCCCACGCCGCGGCCCCGAAAGAAGGUGGAGUCCAGCCUGGCGGGCUCGGUGGGCGGCCGGCCCUCAGGCCCUGUGCAGGGCCCGGUGAUAUAUGCACAGUUGGAUCACUCCAGCAUCAACAGCCCCAACUCAUUCCACAAGCUGGAGCCCGUCGUCUACGCUGAUAUUCGGAAAAACUAGACAAAUAUAACAAAACACCAAAUGGACCAAAAGACAAUAGAUUGAACGGAUACUGUGGCUACAAAACAUCACAAUAACAGCAUGAAAGCAAGGAGCAGAUGUCCCCCCCCCAUCAUCGCGAUUUGGAGGGGGGGGGGGGGGGGGGACUAUUCAAUAAGGGUAAUGUAUCGACGCAGUUUUACUUUAGAGGUUUAGGAGGGAGGUUAGGGUGGGAAGAGUGGGCUACUCCUCAACCGAUACACGCCACUAUGUGAUUUUAAUGUAUUGUGUUUAAUUGUGAUGAAGCAAUUGAAAAGCCUGUAAAAACAACAAAAACAAACAAACUCAAUAGUGCAAAUAGAUAGCAUGUCAUCGGCUUUGGACAACAUUUGCUUUUGCAAUAACCAAAUGUCUUGAAACGCAAGGUUUCUCAUUGCAAGCGAUUUAAUGAAAAAUUCCCGGGGAGGUCUCUUUUUACGACUGGAUUAAUGGCUGUUAAACGGCUGUUUUUCUGUUGGAAAGAUGAUAAUGUUAAGGCUAUGGCUUAACCUAACCAUCCAAUCACAAAGUCAUAUGCUUAGUUACCGCCUUUUUCCUUCUCUUGACAUCUGAUUAGCUCUCAGCCCAAGGCGGGGCAACGGUGUCGGUCAUAGCAUCCGAUGAAUGAUAUUUUCAUGCAUGCAGCCGUGAGCAGCACCAGGAUUUGUUAAAUUUAUUUGGAAAUCAUACUCUUAAUUGUCUGUCCAUUUCUGUGAUGAGAGCACUUAGCAUCGAUUUGAGGUACUUCAAGAGCAGCAGUAACUACACACCGGACACAUAGACAUAUCUAACCUUUGCUGCCGUCUAGUGGGGAAACCCAUGCUCCGCGGAUGUUGGCUACUCUGAUGUAGAGUAAACCGGUGUUACAUCAAUAUGGUGAAUCACUUCUUUUAAAAUGCUGAGGUCGGUACAGAAACUCUCGUUUCAAAUCCAACUCUUAAAUGUGCUCGAGUUCAUAGGUAUUCUUCAAGAAAUGUGGUCAUGCCUUGUUACUAGUAUUGAAGCUGCCAUCACACACACUUUGGGAUAAUGUUGUCAUGGGGAGGGACUUCAAGCCUGUGGGCGCGGUUUAAUCAUUGAUGUCAAAUUGAAGAGUGUGUUCAUUACCAGAAAUCGACUGCUUAUGCAUGCUUAAAUAAGACAAAUAUUCCGAUAGGAUUUACUAACACUUAUCUUUUUGUCUGUUGUUUUCAAACACAAGCCAAAUAAUUGUCUACUUAUUUGAAAACCCUUCUAGAGACUGUCUGCAUGUAUAACUAGGUUAUAACUACACCAUAACUAAAUGGGGGAAAAAAUCAUGUUCUUAAUCUUUCUUUCAGGCCAAAUUCAGUUUUUACUCCUGUACUUACGUUUUUGCCUGCUCAAGCUUUAAAUUGCAUUCCACACUGUUCAUUGACUCUGUUGUUCGAGCUGAUAAGGAAGCCUUAUGUGUGUCUGUAUGUGAAUAUUUCUCAAACGUGUUUCACUCUCUGCACGGUUUGGCCUAUACACUCCCAAAUGGCAGCAUUUUGCAUUGGUUUGUCAUUCCGAAAUGCGAUGAAUUUAUUUUUUGUAGAUAUUUCUUGCAAAAUAAGAGAGUGCUUUUUACUGUAAAUCAUUCCAGCACCUCCAGUGGCCACAGAGGCCUUGCUCUGCUAUGGAGGAUCUAUGAUAGAUUUGCACGGUCUUCUCCUUCAGAGGAUAACCGUGCACUAAACUCAGAUUCAAGGAACGCUGCAAAUACAGGCUAUGGAUUUGCCAUUU